ACCAUUUAAAAGCACACACUGAUUAAAUGUGCGCCACCGCAAUUGGUAAUCCUGCUGUAUAUUUCGACCCGUUUCGAUGGCGUUUGUGAAAACUUCAAAACGCAGUAUUUCUGAGUCUUUCUUCGAAAGUUAGGUAGACAUCUUAUACAGAUCUUCAGACUAUCUCAACUUAUAAUCCUCUGGCAAUAUUGAGUACCAUUUUCGCUGAAAGUAAUAUCAACAUGAAUGUCAUGAGAAAAAUCUGGACACGAAGUUCUUCCUAUCUAUAUACUUUACAAGAGAAGCCCAUAUUAAAUAGGCUCGGAUUUUGCCUAGCCCACACACAAACAGAAAAGCCGGAAGAUGAGCCUGCAAAACCUGUAAAAUAUUCAAAGAGCAAAGCAGCGACGUGGAAAGCGGAAUACACCAGAACUGGAGGUCGCCAAGACCACCCCUGGUACCAGACGUACGUGGUCUCUGGCAGUUUAACCGUAUUUUUGGCUUACUUCUGCAUCUUCAGAGAAGAAAAUGACAUCGACGAAGAGCUAGGAAAAUCCUUGUAUGACAGGAUAUCGGGAUUGGAAGAGCGACAGUUGGAAGCAGCACUCGAAUAUGACUCGGACCACGGGCACGAUACCUCAAGAAUAGAAGCAAGGUUAGAAGACCUUAAAAAGAAGUAAUUCUGUAGAUCAAAGACAUGUUUAUGAAUAAAUAACACAGUACCACAUAAA